AUGUAUUCUCCACUUUCUCCUCAUUUAAAUCAAGAUUGGCGAUCGAGUUUAUCGCAAGCGGUCAACAAUGCUCAACUUUUAUAUGAGGAAACGCGACAAAAACAAGCUGAAUUCAUAAACUACAUCUGCGAAUUGCAACGACUUCAGGGAAUCAUGACCCAGAUUGAAGCUGAACAAAACCCUGAGAAACUUCAAAAAGCACGUCAACAUAUUCAAGGCGAACAACAAAAAGCGGCUCAAGUCUAUGAAUCGGUGAUCGAGAAGCGCUCGCAAUCGACUUCUGUACUCCACAACGGAAUGCAAAUUGUGCUUGAGUUACAGACAGAACUCAUCAAUAACCGGUUGUUUUCUUGGAAAAAUCAACAGCGAAUGAACAAAAUCGGAUUUCCGCACGAUGAUGCCGAGGGAAAGCUUGAUGAAUUGCAAAAAGAGUUUCAAUGGUUAAUCGAACAGAUUUGGCAGCUCAGAACUCAUGCCAGCUACCAGAUGGAAUUAAUGCAAAGAGGUCCUCAGAACAAUAACGAUCAAAACUCGCCGAUUUUCGCUCAAAAUCUCUCGCUCAUUGUCGAACAGCUGAAUAAUGUGCUUAAAACAUUAACGUUUCAUUCAUUCAUCGUAUCGAAGCAACCCGAAUUGAUCCUCAAGACUAGUACAAAGUUUAAAGUGGAGACAAGACUCCUCAUUGGCGACUCGCUUGGGAUGCGACAAAAUUUGGUCAAUACGAAUGUUACAGUGAAAAUCAUCGCCGAAGAGGAUGCGAAACAGCUGGCGAUUGGGCAAAGCGAUGAGAAGAAUAUUCGAUCAAUUGGCGAGAUCACGAAUGCUCUCGAAAAGAUCACCAUGAACGACAAAGGGCAUAUUUGCGCAAAAUUCGAUAACUCGAAAUUGAUGAAAGUGAUGGCUCGUGGGAAACAGCAAGGCCGAAGCUCUAAUGAUCAAAAAAGUAGCACAGCGACCACAAUCACUGAUCAGAAAUACGCUCUACUCUUCCAGAUCAGCUCGUUUCAAUUCGAGAGUCUCGGAAAGAUGGACAUUUGGUGCCUCUCGUUACCUUUAAUGGUCACUGUCAACAUUUCACAGGAUUGCAAUGUCCGAGGACCGAUCUUGUGGAGAGUCGCCUUUGGAGGCACGAACUGGAACCAAGACGGCGUUGAUUCGGACCAUGCGGUCUCAUGGGCCAAUCUCUAUCCCGUACUUCAGUAUCAAUUCAAAGAGUUCACUGGCGCUAAACGCUUACUUAAUGAAUCCGAUCUGAGAUAUCUCUACGAGAAACUGUUCAACUCGUCGGCAAUCAAUCUCGAAGCGACAAUCAAUUUUGAGCGAUUUGCCAGAGUGAAUUUACAUGGGACCAAUUUCUCUUUUUGGGAUUGGUUUUACUCGAUUAUGUGCCUGGUGAAACAAAAAUUGCUGAAAUAUUGGGAAGACGGGUGGUGCAUUGGAUUCAUUACAAAGCAAGACGCCAACGAUAUUCUCAAGCAAGGACCAGCCUUUUUGCUCAGAUUUUCCGACUCUCAAAUGGGCGCGGUGAGCAUCGGCUUCUCGACGCCGAACAUUCCGAGUCAUCUCGCUCCAUUCACCACAAGAGAUCUAGAUCUACUUUCGAUUUCGCAAAGAAUCGCCACCUGUCCUCAACUCAAAGACACUAUUCAAUGUAUCAUGGGAAAAGAUGGCCCAGUCCCAAAAGAAGAGAUCGUUGAGAUAGCAAAGAAGGAGGAACAAACGAAUACGCAAACGAAUCGUUCGACAGGAUAUGUGCACAGUCAAAUCAUAAUGGUCAUUGAUUCGUCGGGAGCUGGUUUCGAUGGAAAUUCUCCGAGCAGUGGGGGCACCACGCCGUCACCGUUCGAUUCGUCGUUAUACUCGCAACAAUUCUCACCUGGGGAAAUCAUUCGACCAAAUCAUCUGGGUGACUUUAGCUCAAUGGAUUUCGACUCAACGUACGGUGAUGUGAAUACCCUUUUGGGGGAAUUUGUGGGCACUUGGCAGAACCCUCCAAUCGCACCCAAUCUCAACACUCCGACCAUCGAAAGACUAAUCAAUGUCCCGCAAGCAUUUAGCCCAAACAAUACGAAUGUGCAAGUCGAUCAUCAAGGGAACUAUUUCCCGAAUAAUCCAUCAACUUUC